AUGGCGCCUGCAAGUGUGUUAGUACAUCUGGACGAUUCACAAACAAUGCAUACAAGCAUUGCUCAACUGAAUGCCUCACCAAUAAAUCAAAUAGACGACUCACAAGUACUAACUUUAUCCCACGAUUCCAACGAACCUAAUGACUCACAUGUGCUGACUACCUCCCACGAUCUGAGUGAGCUUUUGGUUUCCUUUCGUAAACCACUUUCAAAAAGUUUGGACCAAACUAUAACCGACUCUAUUGCAAUACAGGAAAUGAAGGACACAAUGAACCGACUCCGAACGGAAUAUAACAUACCACAGAAUGAAUUAGAUAACAUAACAUUAGAAAAUAACAAUCUCCGACAGAAAAUAAUCAAAUUGACAAAGGAAAAUAAGACGUUGACAGCCUUAUGCCAAUCUUCACAUAACGUUAGCCAAACAAGCCAGAGCUCCGAAAAACGAAAUAGAUGA